AUGGCUGCCAUCAAAUCUCUUCUCAACCCUGCACAGGAGGCAGAGGGCGAUGACAGCAAUAAUGGCAGCUCCAAGGAAGAUCACUCCGCCGUGGACAGCCAGACGUCACCAAGCUCGCAGCUGACAGCACACACUCUGGACAAACGCAUGCGGAAGAAACAGAAGGUCUGCAAAGACGCGGCAGUCUUCAAGCCAAGCACGGUUCGAGGGGAAUGCCGAUAUCCUCCAGACGAAUUUCAAGACGAGCUGCUCGAAGCAAAACAUCAGAUGUACGAAGUCUACCCCGUUGGCGACAUUGCGACAUACCCAAGACAUAUUCCUUACAAUAGCGAGAAGAAGUUGUUUUGGGAGAAGACCGGAAGGGAAAGCUUUGAAGUCUUCCAGUACCAGUACAAGAUUCCGGGCGACCCGACCACCUACACCAUGCUGUGGGACUACAACAUUGGCUUGGUCCGGACCACACCGCUGUUCAAGUGCGGUAACUAUUCCAAAACAACACCGGCCAAGAUGCUGGCUCGGAACCCAGGACUUAAAGAACUGUGUCAUAGUAUCACCGGCGGAGCUCUUGUCGCGCAAGGUUACUGGAUACCGUAUGAAGCGGCAAAAGCAGUGGCAGCGACGUUCUGCUGGCACAUCCGCUACGCAUUGACACCAGUCUUCGGCAAAGACUUUCCCAACAUUUGUCUCCCUCCCAGCAAUGAGAACUUCGGCUCCAUGCAGAUCGAUCCUGAGAUCACGAAAUACUGCGCUGCGCAGGCUCGGCAUUAUCGCGAAUUGGAGACUCAGUCAACAUCUGGUCUGUCACCAAGCCUGCCUAGUCCGCGUCCGCCUCAAACACCCAAGGCCCGGCCACAACUGCGAAAGAUCCUGCCCAAGCCAUACAAGGAGACCGAUAGUACGAGCGAGUACUCAACCGAUACCGGCUCGGAGGACAAGUAUGAGCUGUCUUCGCCAUCACCACAGAUAGCAUUCACCAACCCAUGGUCCUCCAUCAACUCCCCUCGCUCACCGUCCCCCAAGGUAUCCUUUACCAAUCCAUGGUCACCUGCCAGCACCACUAGAUCCUCCUCGCCGCACGGUACGUCUCGCAAAGGUCGACAUGCAGCCAACAUUCCCAGAUCACAUACACCACUGGAUUUACUGCCGCCACCUCUCAAACCCCUGCACACUGCCCCCGGCACCAUGGUCACCACAACCAAGCGCCAAGCAACGCCAAUGACGCCAGCAGUGUCUCCCAGAUCGCAUGGGGAUCGUAUGGAUAUCGACGAAGACUAUGAUGCAGGGUCCGAUGAUUCCGACGGUGGACCGAGAGAGAAAGACGGCAUUGCGAGGAAGAAGUCGUCCCGAGGACUCACGGAGACCAAAGCUGCUUACGUCCUGAUGAAGUUGAAGGCGCAGACAAAAUUCCCUAAGCGAGACUUCAGAUCACUCAAGCGUCGAGCAUCUGCAUAG